AUGUCAGGGAGUAGCGAAUUAUUUGACGGUAUAGGAUUUUACGUCCAACCCAUGGCGAAGGAGAAUAUCCUCAAUUCUCCUAUCGGUAAAGAAAUCAUGGAUCACCAUGGUACAAUCUACCCUAUCCCAUCUCUCGAUCAAGUACAAAUCAUCAUUGUUCCCCCCAUCCCCUCUCCAGUCAAUUUGAUACCCCUCGACCCAAACUUCGUAUGGCUCGAUCCCGAUACCUUGGACGAAUUUCGCGGCUGGACGCCUGAACUGCUGGUAAGGUAUUUUGAAGAUACGAUACGAAAUGGGGACGUGAUCGAAGGUAGAAAGGUGGUAGUGGGUUAUGGAUGGGUAGAAAAAAGCUUGAGAGCUGGGAGGGUGUUGGAGAGGGAAGAUAAUUGGGCUGGAUGGCGAGUAAGAGGAAGUUAUGAUAUCUGGAACAAUCUUACCAAUACUCUCCAUACCGAUUGUCAAAUCGCUCAUAUCCUUACUCCUCACGAUCACGCUACUACGCAACCUUAUUCGAAUGAUCGGUAUACAAACGCUUCAGCCAUGGAUUUGGUACCACAUUAUCCACCUGCAACAUCGAAUGAUUCUAAUGGAAAAUUGGAAGUUUCGAAAUUGUUCACAUAUACACAAACGCUGCCAUCUUCACGGCCACACCCUGUCCACUAUGCAUCCGCAUGCAUAGACCCUGGCUCCGAGGCUUCAAGCAACCACCCCAAUGGCUUCGAUGGCCAUACCACAUAUCACCCUAUACAAUCCUCACACCUUUCAAACACUGCGUUCGAACAUGUCCCGCAUCCUGGACCAUAUCUGCAACAAAGAUAUACCUGGGAAUCUCAUCCUUCGGUGCUUCAACCGGUCCCUUCAAAAGUAUUACCUUCCGGAGCCAAAGUUCCUAUAACCGAAUGGAUCGCUUCCGAAACUACAAAAGAUUAUGCCACACACCAUCCGAAUUUCAAUGAGUAUCCACAAUCUCAACCCCGUUAUCAUCCAAAGGAAAGAUAUCAACCAUAUCCAGCUCCGUCAGGUGUCUCACCUACUCAUGAAGACUCCCGUACCCUCCAACCUCCCUUGACUUUGGACAAACCUUUACAUCCUAGAAAGCGAGUGACCAAAACUCCAAUCAUCGUUCCUUCGCAAAAGAUCACUCAAGCUGGAUAUGUGCCACCUACGCCUAUUUCGCCUGUAACAUGGAACCGAACAUCAUAUCCUCCAUUAUCACGACACUUACCGACUCAGGCUAAUAACCUAACAUCAGCGAUACAGCGUCAGAACAGGGUCAAAUCUUCAUCUUCAAAUGCCAUCCUCCAACCCACCAGCACGGUGGGUCUGUCUAAACCUACUUGGUGGGAUAUGAGUAGAUCGAGAACAAUCAACAUACCAGACACCCCUACUAAGUGGCAAAUAGCUAUGAACCAAAAAGGCAAGGCCGAACGUCGAGAGGCAAGCAUCUCAGGCAAGCCAAUCAAGAUGUAUCUCGCACCUAACAUACACCCUAUUUAUCGAGAGAAGAUCAAGAACGAAGGUGGACAGAUCUGUUCUCGACUUCACGCCUCGAUAGCAGUAUUCUAUCGGACUGCCACUGAUCCAUCUCCAUUGAUGCCCAAGUCGACAGCGGAGAAUGAGGCAGGAUGGAAUUGCGGUAAGAAAGGCCAGGUGACGGUCACUCUGGAUUGGCUCAAAGUUUGUCUGGAGCAAGGGAAAUUGGUAAAUGCGAAAGAGUAUCAAAUCUUGUUUCAAAAGCCUACAAGAAACGAAAGUGGUCCUGUAUCGGCGUAUACGACUCUGUCUAGUAAGGAGAAAAAGGUUGUACCUGUUACAACAGACAGUCAAGUCUCGGUCCACUCAUCGAACAAGCCGAACCCUACUCCUUCGAGCCAAGCUGAAUUAGAUGCUACGUCGAGACUGAGAACGAAAUCCACCCUCACACAGUCUUCGUCCUUCCCAAGCUGUCCGUCCUCCACGGCGUACGACCCCAUUUCAUGGCAAGUAGAGAAGAUAGCUAGACGGCUGUACCAAAAUGGAAAAACGGGAGGAUCAGUCACGAUCUCAGACCCAUAUGGGAAAGAGCGCGGGAAGGAUGAUAUGACAUACGAUUAUCCCGAAAAGUAUGAAUCAUCCAUACAAGAUAGGGUAAAAGAAUUGGCAAAUCAUUAUGAAAGAGCCGGACGAACCUUACGAAUUGACGAAACAAAGAACGUUCCUGUUUCAAUUUCCGCCUCUGUACCAAUGCCGUCGACCCCAAGCUCAAAUCCAUCAACUUUGCCGAAAAGCCGGACUGAGGUGCAGAUGGUGAUCGAAUCAGCCAAUACGCAGGAUCAUGCUCUCGAUUCAGGAGAGCUUCGAGUGGCUGGCUCUUUGGUUGGAAGACUUCUUACUCAGCUAGAGAAAGAUGGGACUGAUGGCGUGAGCGAGGAUAGAGAUGGACGUGAUAACAAGAUAGAGAGCGGUGGUGAUUAUAAAGUUGAGGAGGUGAGGAAUUUGAUGGACGAGGAGCUGAAAGAGCUGGAUGAGUUUUUCGAUUUUGGUAAUGACACACCUAACGCAAUCGACUCUCCUACGCUAGUAACCGAAUCCACCUCAUCGGAAUUACCAUCAACCAGAUGUGUGCUUACUGUUGAGGAUACAGAAGGUGUUGGGUUUCAUUUGCACAUACCAACUCAGCACGCGUUAGAAUCGGCAAAGAACUUGGAAAUGUCAGAAGAUCAUAUCAAUGUCGAUCUCGACAUUUGCAUGGGGAAAGAUGAAGGAAACGAUCAUGAAGAUGAGGUAGAUCAAUAUCAUUUAUUCUUUCAAAGUCUCUUGGAUGGUUCAUAUCUGUUGCCAACGCCGACGAGAGAUCAGGACGCAAGUCGAUCGAUUGGUGAGGUUGGAUCAAAGGAUGUUAUUUUGGUAGAUAGCGAAGAUUCAGACGAGGAGAUACCAUUGAGAGUGGUACAAGCUAGUAGAGUGUUGGGAAGGGGACGAAUUGGUGAAGAAAUGCGUGGUAGACCUUGA